CCUCCGUUGCCUAUCCAUUCAUUUUCUGCGUCGGUUUACAGUUCUGGUCUUUACUAGAAAUGAGCGAAAAGCGCAAAAACUACUCUCGAUCGAUUGGCUUCAAGGCACAGGUCAUACGUGAUAUAAUAGAAAAGAAAGUGUCUGCUAAAGCCGUUGUCGAUAAAUUUGGAGUGCCCCGAAGCACGGUGACUACGUGGCUCAACCAGAAGGAGAAGAUCCUCGGCGCAGUAUCAUCUGCAAACUUCAGUUUGGGGAGAAAACGAAUGCGAUUUUCCGUCCAGUACAGGGUAGAGGAGUGCCUGCUGCAAUGGUGGCACAAUAUGCGAAUUAAAAACGUCCCAGUGAGUGGAGCGGUUUUGCUGGCCAAGGCCAAACAGUUUGCCCGUCACUUAGGGAUCGAGAACUUUAAGUGUAACGAUGCGUGGAUUGAUCGCUUUAAAUCCCGGUACGAAAUUUCGUCUAGACCACCCGGCUUUGGGGGAAAUGCUGCACUCGAUGAUGAAAUCAGACAGUGGAAAGCCAGCACACUAGUCAGUAUCCAGCAGGAGUACCCUCCAGCUGACAUUUAUAGUGCCGAUGAGACCGGCCUGUUGUGGAAGAUGCUUCCCGGGAAGAUGCUGCAUUUUCUUGGUGACCCGGUAGCAGACGUAAAACGCGACAAGGACGGACUCACCAUCCUUGUCGCGGCGAACAUGGAUGGAUCAGAUAAAAGGAAGCUUUUAGUUAUUGGUGGAUCGCCGCAACCGCGAUGUAUGCGAGGGGAUGAGUCGCUUCCUGUGAAAUACACAGAAAACAAAAAUGCAAGGAUGGUCAGUUCCAUCUUCCGCGAGUACGUACGCGACUUGGACCGCGACAUGACGUGCCAAGGACGUAAAGUGCUCCUGAUCGUUAACAGUUGCUCUGUACACCCGGCGAAGAUUCUGGGACUGCAGUCAGUUCGCCUGCAGAUGUUGCCUCCCAACACGACGUCCCGCAUGCAGCCAAUGGAUGGUGUCAUCAAAGAUUUCACGAUGCAUUACCGCUAUCUACUGGAGAGCCGACUUCUGAGCGCUGCAGACUACCACCCGGAGUUCAGUCUCGAUUUGCCUGUAGUUCUGAACCUUUUACAUGAAGCGUGGAGCCUCGUGCCGCCCAACAAGAUCGCAAGCUGCUUUAAGCACUGUGGCUUUAUCAAGGGCGAAGAAGGCUCUACACAAAGCGAGACGACUGAGGCAACUGCGCCACUAAGCGCGCAGGUAAUUUGGCCACAUUCCCAAGAUGACUUAGCUGUGGACAGCUUUCUAAGUAUGUCAGAUGAGACCAGCGACAGUGACCUCGUCAUGUCCGUGCUGAUCAAACGAGAUGACGAAGAUGAUGAUGAGACUACAGGAGAAGAGGGGGACAGAGAUCAGAAAGACUCGAGUCCAGAGCUUCCCGACGUCGCCCCCGUGACCCCGUCCCAGGCUGUUGUCGCACUCGACACACUUCAAAAAUUUCUGGUUCAAGAGGGGGUGCAAGAGGUCCCCAGAACUUUAGGCUUCUUAUCAGCCGAAAUGAAUAAGCAAGCGAUACAAUUUGGAUUCAGUAAGGAAAUAAGCUGGAUGGCCUCGGCACUGAAUGUAAAGAGUGAGAAGCGACUUUCUUCUGAAGAUCUAGAUACACCUGCUAAGAAGCCCAGAAAGUUACUUCCCAGCCUGAAGACCAAGCGUGCCCCUGAGCUGGUCCUAGUGAUUGGGACAGGAGUCAGUUCUGCAGUUGCUCCCCAAGUACCAGCUCUUCGUUCCUGGAAAGGACUCAUCCAGGCACUUUUGGAUGCUGCUAAUGACUUUGAUCUUCUUGAGGAAGAGGAAAGUCAGCGCUUCCAGCAAAGCUUGCAGGAGGAUAAGAACUUGGUACAUGUGGCUCAUGACCUCAUCCAGAAGCUAUCACCACGUACAGGGAAUGUCCGUUCUACAUUUUUUAAAGACUGUUUGUACGAAGUGUUUGAUGAUCUUGAGUCUAAGAUGGAGCAUGCUGGGAAACACUUGCUCCGUUCCGUCUUGCAGCUAAUGGAGAGUGGAUCACUUGUUCUUACUACUAACUUUGACAACCUGUUAGAGAUCUAUGCUGCCCAUCAAGGCACCAAAUUGGAAUCCCUUGACCUUACUGAUGAGAAAAAGGUGUUAGAGUGGGCCCAAGAAAAGAGGAGGCUAAGUGUGCUACACAUUCAUGGUGUUUAUACUAACCCCUGUGGGAUAGUUCUUCAUCCUGCAGGUUAUCAGAAUGUGCUGCGAAACACAGAGGUUAUGCGGGAGAUCCAGAAGCUCUAUGAGACCAAAUCUUUUGUUUUCCUGGGCUGUGGACGCACAGUGGAUGAUACCACGUUUCAGGCAUUGUUUCUAGAGGCUGUGAAGCACAAAUCUGACCUGGAACACUUUAUGCUGGUACGGCGAGAAGAUGUUGGCGAGUUCAAGAAAUUACGAGACAAUAUGCUGGAUAAGGGAAUUAAAGUUAUCUCCUAUGGCAAUGAAUAUGCUGACUUGCCUGAAUACUUCGAAAGACUGGCCAACGAGAUUUGCACACGGGGCAGUGCUGGCAAUGGAUGGGGUAAUGAUGAUAUCCAGAAUGGAUUUGAUUCAAAUAGAAGUUCCAUUGAAGACUGUCACACAUGACAAGGAAGCUUCCUGGCAGUAGCAUACCUGCUUUUUCAAUGCUAGAGGACUGAUGCCAGCUUCAGAAGGGACAGCACACUGGAGAGACCAAAGAGGCGGGUGUGCGUACGUGAUUAAGCCCUACAAUAAGUACCAGAGGCAGCACCAGAAUUAUCAAAUUUAAUGAACUAUUCUGCAAAUAUUAAUUUGUUUCCUGUGCAUGAUGAUGCCAUAUAGCAUCAGAUGAGUUACAUUGAAGGAAACUGAAGAGAUCUGCAUCAUCUGUACAUGGUACUACAAAAUGGCAGGCCUCACCCACAUUAAGACUCUGCAGAUGGGGCCAGGGCUCCUCAGGAUUUAGGAAGUGUUGGUAAAUAUCCAGACUUGCACACUGGUUUAAGUUGCAUCUUAUCCAGGUCAAAGGGAGAAAACUGGCUUGAAUCAAGAUCCCAAGGACCAUCAGUCACCCCAGCUGACCCUCAUUAUAAACCCUGUCUCUGGCCAAUAAAAUGUUGUGGGUGGGUAAUAGGGUGUUGUACAGUGUUAGCCAUUAUGGAUGCACUGAGAAGUCACGCACAAUGAAGGGUUAAUCACUUAAGAUGUUGGAGAUGCCAGUCUUUAACAGAGUAGUCAUUCUGAGUGUCCAAGAACUUGUACAAGUGUAUUUUUAUGCAUAGCACUGCACUGUUUACAGACUUCUUACUAAUAAAUACAUUACUUUUGGCA